UCAGUAGCGGGCCUUCUUCUUGCACUGGGCGUAGAAGUCGCGCGCCGCCUGGGAGGCACACUGCGGGACGAGGGGUCCCAGCUGCUGCUUCUUAAUGAACCCGUCCAGCUCCUCUCGGAGGCAGGCGUCGUCCUCGGCCUUGCGCCUCUCCCUGCGGCGCUCCGCCUUCUCCUGGCGGGCCUUCUCGGCGGCACGUUCGGCGGCGGCCUGCGCUCGGGCGGCCCUGAGCUCCUCCAGCUCCUUCCUCCCGCCCUUGUCGUAUGCCUUCUCCUCUUCCUCGUCCAGGGCCUCGCCGUCGGAGUCCGUGGGGUAGAUGAUGAGUUCGUCUUCUUCGCUCUGAGCAGAUAGGCACAUACAGGCAGCAGACAGAAAAGGCAUUUGUUUGUCCAUCCAUGCAUCCAUCCAGAUCUGUCUGUGUCAGAUCUGUCUGUGUCAGAUCUAUGUAUCUAUCCAGCACGCUCACCUCCGACUCGUUGGCCUUCCCACGUGUGGCCUUCGCCGCCGCCUACAGAGCCGACAAACACACACGUGGGCCCAGGCACGGAGAGAUCUGCAGGCCGUAUUGUCAGGGCCGACCUUCUUCUUGGCGUCAGGGUUCACGCCGCGCCGCGCCCGCCCUUCGCAUCGCUGUCCAACCCGGGCAUGAUGCUGACAACAGCUCCUUGGUGAUGAGUGCUGCCUUGCUCAGCUCUUCCAGCGCUUCAGCUGAGAAGAGACACACACCAAACACACACACACGCACACACGCUCUCCCCAUUCCCUCAUAUGCUCUCUCACCUGACAACAUGCCUCCUGACGACUGAUACUUCUGCACGACCACGUCCCGACUGAGGGAACGCACAAAUAAAGGCACACGUUGAAUGGACAGCUGCAGCGCAUUCAUCAAUCCAUUCCCCCCCUCCUGCCUCCAAUGUGCAACUCUUUGCAUACCCUGUCGUGCGGCUAUCUCCUCACUGCACUUGGCGAUCAUCUGAGGCUCGUUGAGGCAGCGCAGCCCGGCAAUCUGGGCCUCCACGAGCCGGUCUUCGAGUU